AUGGCUAUUUCGUCUUGGUGCAGUCUCUCAGAAUCCUUCACCUCCAUCUUCUAUGAUGUCUCCAUCAGAAUCGACGGUAAGGUUGUCACGCUCCAAGGUCUGGAAUCUUCAUUGGCGGCGCUGGAGAACCAGGUGACGGGCUACAACACUCAGAUCAAUGACCUAUCCAACAGCAUAGCCAGCGCGGCCUUAUCAUCAGAUCUUGUAGAGCUAGAAACUAGCAUCGGCAACCUGGAAGGACGAAUUGCUUCAGCUGAAGAACAGAAUACGGACCAAGUGAGCCAGUCUGUUGUAGAUGGCCUGGAAACACGUAUUGGUGACUUAGAAAAUGCUCUGAGCAGCAUAGGUACAUCGGGGGUCGAAGACACCAGCUGUGAAUCGCCAUGGUCGUACCGGAGCGGUCCUGCCACUUGUAUAUACGCUGCACAUGAUGUCAAAGCUUUAUGGAUCGAGGCCAAAGCUUGGUGUGAGGCCAUUGGUCCACAGUAUCGUUUCUACAUUGUCAACGCAUUUCAGAAGCACAACGACCUGAACUCUUAUAUAAACUUUGAAUUGUCGGACUCCUCCAACGACUAUUACAUUGGCUUCUCUGCGUUAAAUAAUCAGAAUUACAAGUGGGUUGAUGGCUCUUCAGAAUUCAGUAAGUGGGCCUGGUGUUGGGGGAAACCCGACUUAACGGGCAUUGGCUGCGGCAGCAUAAAUAACGCCGGCGGCUUCUGUUUGGAAGACAUGUCUUGUGAGAUCAAGCAAAAGUUCAUUUGCGAGAAGGUCAUAUCAUAACAAGGCGGCACCCUUGGAGAGGCAUU